AUGACCCAUAAUGGAGUAAUAUACUCAGCAUGGCACGAUCUGACCUUACCACUUCUUAUCAAAACUCCAUUUGCUUCCUUCCCCUCCUUUAUCUCUUCUCUACUAUCAGGAGGACGAAACAAACUCAAUCCGCGCUUUCAUCCUCUUCACACCAAACCUCUACACCCGUGUUCAUCAUUAUUAUCAAUCCACCUCAUUAACCUUCCUUCUCUUCGCUCUGUUAUUCAAAUAUAUACACACCACAACUAUCAGAUCCGCACACAUACACAUACACACCUUCUUUUUUUUUCCUUCCUUCCUUCCUGUUAUUCUCAACUUUACAGUCACAUCGCUUUAUUUUUGCCCACCUCUUCUUCCUUCCCACCACUUUCCCUGAUUUAUGUACCUCUUUCAGGUGCUUCUAUCCAUCAGAGGAAUCUGAAAUGUUUUUCCGGUGCAUAUCUUCUCUGGACUCGUAAUAUAUUUUUGGUGGGCAAAAACAUACGGAAUGAAGGGGGAAAAAAAAAAGUACCAAGAAGGGGAAAGGGGGGGAAAAAGAAGUGA